AAUACCUAACUGACUGAAAUGAAAGAGAAACACAUUAAUUAAUAACUGUAAUAAUUUAUAAAUAUAAUCCUAUAGACCUACAGUAACAACAUUCAUUAUUAGAGCACUGAGACAAAAGUAACAUAAAUUUACCCCAAACAUUAGGUUUUUAUUUCUUUGGAAUUAAAGCUUCUUUCUUUCUUGGAUUUAAAUGAAUUGCCCAAAACUGUUCAGACAAAUGCGCACCAUCCAUUUAUAACAGCAGUAAAGUUUCCUCUGGAGAAGAGGAGGAGGAUAUUAAAGGUGCGGCGAAGAAAAUUACGCGCACUUCCGCUUUAAAAGCGGAGCUGAGUGUCUGGAGAGAGUCGCUGUGGCGAUGCCGAGCCCCAGAUCUGCCUUCACUUCCCCGCCGGCCGGAUCUCUGCUGCACAGUGCGCAGUGUGUGCGCCGUCACCACAGCGGACUAGUUCACCUGCUGUGCGGACAAACAUACGAGCAGUCCUGCGGGUCGAGGAUCUGGAUUUUAACUCUUAUUGUUUCCUAUGUGACGGCCAGCAGAGGGAACUUUACGCAGGGAAGCUGCAGGUGAGUCUGCGAGGCUACACCUGACGGAUCAUUCCCCUCGCUGAAUUUGAAACCAGUUUGUUCUCUCCUCCCAACUCCACUUGUUGAUGGCGCGCUAAAAGGUUAUCCCGGCAGAAACAGCACGGAGAUAUACUUAUGUGUAAUUUGGAUGAAACCCUGUCCGACUUCAGGGCGAAGUUUCCUCCUGUGAGGGUUUCCAGAUGGUGGUGAUGUUUGGUAACCGGUAACAGCUCGCGGCAUCAGAUCGUAUUACUGCUAGCAGGUGAGGAGCGGCAUGGGGAACCAGAUGGACAAGCUGUCACAUUUAAGUUACGCAGAAGUUCCCACAGUGGACCCGAACGGCGUGGACACAGAGGAGGGUCCACGGAUCGGCGUCUCUUAUAUAUUUUCUAACGACGACGACGAGCUGGAGGAUGGCUGCGCGGUCGAUGGCACCGAUAAGGACCCGAAUCAGGAAGAGAAACAAUACGACCAGCGCGACGAGGUGGAGUGCGCCGUGUACAACAGAGAUGAGUGCAUUUACGAGAAGAGCGCCAAGUCCGCCAGCCUGGAGGUUUACUCCCCGGAGAAUCUACUAAACAAAUGCAAAGCGGGUGAUGUGGUGGAGUUUGUGGCUACGGGGCAGUUCCCACACUGGGCGGUGUACGUGGGGGACUUUCAGGUGGUGCACCUGCACAGAGCCGAGGUGAAAAACAGCUUUUUGACAGAUGCGAGUCAAGGGAGGAGGUGUAGGAUCGUGAACGACUUGUACAAAUUCAAAGCUCUGAGUCCGGACAUGGUGGUGCAAAACGCGAUGGAGCAAGUGAGUUUAAAGGACCGAGAGCUGAGCUGGAGGAACUCCGAGUGCUUCGCCGCCUGGUGCAGGUUCGGCAAGAGGGAGUUCAAAAUGGGCGGGGAGAUACGGAUAGGCAAACAGCCCUACAGGCUGAAGAUAUUCAUGUCUGACAAACACUCGCACGUGUUGGAGUUUCAGAGUUUGGAGGAUAUGAUCAUGGAGAAGAGGAGGAACGAUCACCUGGGCAGGACAGCCGUGCUGCAGGAGCUGGCCACUCACUUCAGCAGCGUGGGGGAGAUAAAAAGUGAGCCAGCUGCUGACUGAUGGCUGCCCUUUUUCAUGCUCUUCAGAAUAAUUGCUUUGCAAGUAGAGUAGCCUUUACCAAACAAACUGUUACACCCCUGCUUUAAUCUAUAGCAAGCCUUCUUUUUCUUUUUAAUUGGAGCACAAAUGUCAUAAUUUCUCCUCGGACACUGUUAUUUUAAUUACGUUUUCACACAAAUGUUAUUGCCUUAAAGCCACAAUCAUCAACAUCCUCAGAUGCUUAAUGGCCUUAGCAAUUAUGAAUUCAAUUAUCUGAGAAAAGUGGAAUUAAUUGCAUUAGUUGAUAGGCUUGUUUGCACCCCCUCCACACAGAAUGUAUAGUUUUUUAUAAAGCUUUACACACCAGACUGAUUCUGUAAGUAGAGUGAAUGUUUCUCUAUUCAUAGUGUGUCCUGUUACUUGAUCUGUGUGUGGUUUAACUUCAUCCCUCGGCUCACGCAGGCAGAAAAGUGUCAGAGCAGCUCGCUGAAGGAUUCUUUCUGCCUUGAAGGGUAAUUCUCACACCAGCACAUGUUGGAAAAACUUGUUUUUGUGUUACACUGAUCCAAGUCUGUCUUAACUGUACCCAAAGUUUAAGUAAACCAUGACUCCUUGGCUCUUUUUGAAAU